AUGCAACGCGAAAACUCCAUCACUGAACCAUCCUCGGCGACUGUCAUCCCGGAAUCGCAAUUAUUUACAUUUAACAGUAACAGCAGUUCAAUGUCGAACGAUGGAAACAAGAACAAGCGGCGUAAGGGAAAUCCAUCUAAUGCGGACGAGACUUCAGAGAAGAAGAAGACUAAAUCAUGGAGUAAAGAUAACGUUACCCCUAACAGCAAGUCAUCCGAAACAGUACUGUUGGAAUGGUUGCUUGAACCUGGUACUGGCGGCAAUACGGCCAAGAAUUCAAAGACUCAAGGAAGCAAGGGCAAUUCGAAGGACACUAGAAAGGUGAUACUUACCGAGAUCGUCCGAGAGCUGCACGGUCAUGGUUUAACCCAUCGAACAGCACACCAUGUUUCGUGCAAGUUAAACGAAUGGAUCACCAACUUUAACAAAGCCAAUGACUUGAUUGGAGAGACCGGUGGCGGUGGACCUUAUGGUGAUGGGGCUAUUGACAAUGACGAGGAUGGAGCUGAUGAGGACAAGAGUGGUAUGUAG